UCGUACAGUCACACCUGUUCUGCUGCCGUCUCUUAAACAGAAUCAGGAAACUAGUGUGGUGUUUAGCUGUCUUCAUCUACAUGUUUUCAAAUGGCAGAAGCUAGACUUUAUGUAAGUAGGGAACAGUUCAGCUGUUCGAUCUGUCUGGAAAUACUGAAUGAUCCAGUGACCAUCCCCUGUGGACACAGUUACUGUAUGGACUGUAUCAGACGCCACUGGGAUGAAAAUGCUCUCGGGAGACAGUACAGCUGUCCCCAGUGCAGACAGACCUUCACUCCAAGACCUGUUUUAGGGAAAAAUGUGGUGGUUGCUGAAAUGGUGGAGAAACUGAAGAGAACAGAACUCCAGCCUGCUCCCCGGCCUGCUCAAGUUUCUCAAACUGAAGCUGGACCUGGAGACGUGGAGUGUGAGGUCUGUACUGACAGAAAAUAUAAAGCCAUCAAAUCCUGUCUGGUGUGUCUGAACUCUCUCUGUCAAAGCCACUUUCAACAACAUGAGAAAGUCUUCAAAGGUGAGAGACACUGUAUGAUCGAUGCUACUGCGCAACUAGAGGACAUGAUCUGUCCAAUACACAAUGAGCUUUUGGAGAUUUUCUGUCAUACUGACCAGAUGAGUAUUUGUAAGCGGUGUACGAUGGAUAUCCACAAAAACCAUGAUGUGACAUCAGGAGCAGGGAGAAUGAAUCAGAGUUCUUCAUCUUAUUUGGUUCCUCCUGAACCUUUCAGCUUUGAUGUUGUUUCUCGUUCUGAUCAGGGGAGAAAAUCUUUCGCCAAAAGACUAAAGAAAAAAAUGGACAAUUUCCUUAAUUCGGAGGUAAUGGUUGUAUCUGGUUGGGUAAUGUGCUGCAAAUUUCCUACUGAUGGACCCAAAAACAGGAAUCAGAUCCUACAAUAUUCACACGAGCUCUCAAUGGAUUCAAACACAAUCAAUGAAACCCUCCUACUGUCUGGAGGGAACAGAGUGGCUACAAACACUGGCAAAGUCCAGCUAUAUCCCGAACAUCCAGACAGAUUUGAUUGUUGGCCUCAGGUCCUGUGUGAAGAGAGUGUAUGUGGACGAGCCUACUGGGAGUUUGAGUGGACUGGAAGAGCUGGUGUGGGAGUAUCUUUGGCCUAUAAGAGCAUUUGCAGGAAGGGAAAUGGUGACGAGAGUAAAUUUGGAUGUAAUGAUCAUUCUAUAAAUCUGUACUGUUCUCAUUCCAAAUACACAUUCUGGGAGAGUAACAAAAAGACUAAACUAUAUGUAAACAUUUCUAAAUUAAAGACUUCUAGAUUGGCAGUGUAUGUGGAUUACAGUGCUGGAAUCGUGUGCUUCUUCAGCAUCUCUGACAAAAUGAAGCUCAUCUACAUAGUCCAGACCACAUUCACUCAGCCCAUCUAUCCUGGGUUUAGGGUUUAUUGUGGAUCAUCAGUGCAACUGUGUGAUCCAGCAAUGAACUGUACAUGAUUUUGAGAGAGACGUGAGAUUCAAAUUGACGAUGGUAUUAUUUUUCAGUCAUUAAAUCUGUUAACAAAAGAAAAAGAAAAAUGAAUAUCAAACAAAGAGAAAAAAUUUGAUUACAUUUACAUAUACUGCUAUUAAAAAGUUUGGGAUCAGUAAAAAUUGUAAUGCUUUUUUUAAAUAUGUUUAUUUUGCUCAUCAAAGCAAAAGUGUUUAUUUAAUCAAAAAUACAGAAAAAUACCUUAAUAUUGGAUAUCUUUGCAAUUUAAAAUAGCUGUUUUCCAUGUGAAUAUAUGUUAAAAUGUGAUUUAUUCCAGAGAUACAUAGAUUAAUUUUCAUCAGCCAAUACUCCAGUCUUGUCACAUGAUCCUUCAGAAAAUAAUGAUUUAUUUUUUAUAUGUUUUGGAACCUGUGAUACUUUCUUCAGGAUUCUUGGAUGAAUAAAAAGUUAAAAAGAACAGCAUUUAUUUAAAAUAGAAAUAUUUUGUAAUAAUAUACACUACCGUUCAAACAUUUGACAGUCAUUUUACUCUUCCAUUUUUUGCAAGAAAUCAGUGCUUUUUUCAGCAAGAACAUAUUUACUGAUAAAAAAUGAUAGUAAAGACAUAUGAUUAGAAAAUAUUUCUAUU